UUCACAUGUUUUUGUAUCUUUGCAUUACAGAAGCGCUAUGAACCAGCUAAGGGGAGGUUGGUGGUGUGUGGUCAUGGGACGCUGAUGGGAAACGGAGUCUUCUGCAUCCUGAGUGACGACCACGGGCAGAAAUGGUACAACGGCGCCGCACUGAAGAGCAUCCCCUACAACCAGGAGAAGAAAGCACAGGACUUUGACCCUGACGAGUGCCAACCGGUUGAGAUGACGGACGGCAGCAUCGUCAUCAACGUGCGGAACCAGAACAACUACCACUGUCGGUGUCGCAUUGUGGUCCGCAGCAAUGACGGUGGAUUGUCGCUGCCGAUAGACGAUCUGUUCUUUGACUACGAGCUGAAGGAUCCGGCAGUCGCAGCUGGAGCUCUGCAGAAAGACGGCGUGCUCUUCUUCACCAACCCCUCCAAUGAGCACAGCAGUAAGACUCAUCACAUCUUCUCCCUUCCAAUGUCCUGUCACUGAUUCAGUGGUGGAAGUAAAAGUAGA